AUGCUCCAAAACCCAUUCACCACAACCAGCACUGUAAAGAAACUUGCCUCAUGGGUAGUCCAUGUCUACGUCUCUAUAUCUCUUCAUCUCUUCCCAUUCCAUUCGGUGAGUGGGAGUGGGGUCUGGAACUGGUGGGCUGAGACCUUCCUGCCACUCAUGAUGGCUGCUUUCAACAGCAGCAACUUUAGGCCUUUCUUACUAACUGGCUUCCUGGGCCUGGAGUCUGCUCACCACUGGAUCUCCACGCUCUUCUUCAUGUUCUAUCUGAUCGCCAUCAUGGGGAACAGCACCAUAUUGGUGGUAAUCAAGAUGGAACGCAGUCUCCACCAGCCCAUGCACCUAUUCCUGUCUCUGCUGGCCAUCUCUGACCUGGGCCUGUGCACCACAACCCUCCCCACCCUGCUGAAACUCUCCUGGCUCGACGACCGAGAAGUCGGCUUUGACGCCUGCCUAGUUCAGAUGUUCUUCAUUCACGUCUUCUCUCUGAUAGAAUCGGGCAUCCUGCUGACCAUGGCCUUCAACCGCUUCAUAGCCAUAUCCCGUCCCCUGAGAUACAGGGCCAUCCUGACCCAGUCAACUAUAGCCAAGAUUGGGAUUGGGAUUGCCCUGAGGGCCGUGGCUGUCAUCCUUCCAGGGCCUAUCCUCAUUAAGAGGCUGAAGUUCUGCAAAGCCAACGUCCUCUCCCACGCCUACUGCCUGCACCCUGAUAUCAUCAAACUGGCUUGCUCUGACCACAGGAUCAGCAGCAUCUAUGGCCUGAUUGUCGUCCUCAUCACCUUCGGGGUUGACUCGACACUUAUCUUGCUCUCCUACCUGAAGAUCCUCACCACAGUGUUCAAGCUCGCGUCUGCACAGCAGCGACGUCGGGCCCUUGACACCUGCGUCUCCCACAUCCUCGCCGUCCUUCUGCUCUAUGUGCCCAUGUUGGGUGUCUCCAUCAUCCACCGCUUCGCCAAACGCAUCCCGCCCGUGAUCCACACCAUCAUGGGCUACGUCUACCUCCUGGUCCCACCCGUGCUCAAUCCCAUCAUCUACUGCAUCAAGACCAGGGAGAUCCGGAUCCACCUCCUGAAACUCUUCUCCCGGAAGUAGGAAACAGACAGGGAGCCCAGCCCAUCCCCAGUGGCUCUACUGGGGAGGACGUCUGACUGACAUCCCAAUGUCAGAAUGCAAAGAGCGAACAGGAAACGUUCGAACUAUCGGUCCAACGGUCAGGAACUGUAGAAGA